AAUAAACAAGAGCUUUUAGAAGAAGCCAUUUCAGAGAUAAAAUAAAAGCGCUUCUUUGGAGAGCUUUUGAGCCAUGGAAGGAGGAGAAGAAGGGGGGAUGAGGAGGAGGAGGAGAGUGGUGGUGGUGGGCGGCGGCGUCGCCGGAGCCUUCCUCGCCAAGACCUUACAAUCCGACUCCGAUUUAGUCCUCAUUGACCCGAAGGAAUAUUUUGAGAUCCCAUGGGCCUACCUGCGAGCAAUGGUGGAGCCGCCGUUUGCGGAGAAAAUACUGAUCAAGCACACCGACUAUCUCACCAACGCGGUAAUCGUCACAUCGCGUGCGAUCGGUGUAACAGAAACAGAGGUUUUGACCGAUGAGGGGCGUUCGAUCCCGUACGACUUUCUCAUCGUAGCUACCGGUCACGCCGAUCCUGUUCCGAGAAGCAGGAAUGGCAGGAUCGAGCAGCUCCGAGAAGAGCACGAAAAGAUAAAGUCAUCUAGCUCUGUCCUAAUUAUCGGAGGCGGUCGCAGGGGCGUCGAACUCGCAGGAGAGAUUGCGAGCGACUACCCGGAGAAGAAGGUGACUCUGGUCCACAAAGGAUCAAGAUUGCUCGAACAUCUAGGACCGAAAGCUUCUGUGAAAGCGCUGAAAUGGUUAAAAAAGAAGGAUGUAGAAGUGCUUUUCGAGCAAACAGUAGAUCCAGGCUCCGUAUCGGAGGGUCAGAAGGAGUUCAAAACAUCAGCUGGGAAACCUGUUGCAGCAGAUUGCCAUUUCGUCUGCACCGGUUGGCCGUUGGCUUCCUCGUGGCUUCAAGAAACCGUCUUAGGCAAGAGCUUAGACGAGCACGGACGGUUGAUGGUUGACGGGAAUUUGAGAGUGAAAGGCCAAAAGAACGUAUUCGCGAUCGGAGAUAUUACCGAUAUCAAGGAACUGAAACAAGGAUAUGUAGCUCAGGCUCAUGCAGCAGUGGUAGCCAAGAACGUAAAGCUGCUGAUGAAGGGAGCUAAAGAAACCAAGAUAGUCGCUUACAAGGCCGGUUCUGUGUUCGCGGUCAUAUCCUUGGGACGGAAAAGCGCGGUGGCUCAAUUCCCUUUCGCGACUAUAAGCGGGCGUGUGGCCGCCAUGACCAAAUCCAAGGACUUGUUUGUGGCAUGGACGAGGAAAACCAUGGGGUUAAGCCCCUAGUACGUUGCAGUAUGUGAAAAACACUUGCUGAGUCAAGUUGUGUGUAUCUGUAUCUCAAUAGAUGCAUGCUAAUGCCAGAUCCUACAUGCGUACAUUAGAAAAAUAUGUGUGCAAGUUUCUUCAAAGACAUAUAAAACAUAGAUUUUAUAAGCAUUCGUCUGCA